AUGGCUUCGAAGCUCGUAGUCAUAAUCGUCUUCAUCUUCGAUCUCAUCGCCGUUGGUUUGGCCAUUGCCGCCGAGCAGAGAAGAAGCGUCGGAAAGGUUGUAGCGGACAAGGAGAAGCAAUACGAGUACUGUGUGUAUGGCACGGACAUCGCAACAAGCUAUGGAGCCGGCGCGUUCGCUCUCCUCUUCGUAAGCCAAGUCAUUAUCAUGGUGGCUAGUCGUUGCUUCUGCUGUGGAAAAUCCCUAAACCGAGGCGGCUCAAGAGCUUGUGCCAUUCUUCUCUUCCUCAUCUGCUGGGUGUUUUUCUUGAUCGCUGAGGCUUGUUUGCUCGCGGCGUCCAUCAGAAACGCGUACCACACAAAGUACAGGAAGAUGUGGAACAUUGAUACUCCGCCGAGCUGUGAAGUUAUUAGGAGAGGGGUUUUCGCGGCGGGUGCUGCGUUCGCUCUCUUCACGGCCAUCGUCUCGCAGUUUUACUACGUUUGCUACUCUCGUGCUCGGAAUGCUUACCAGAAUCCGUCGUCGUCCCACUGA